CAAUAAAGACUCGCUGAGUCCGAGUGCGCGCUCACAGUGACUGUCACUGACUGAAAACACAGACACUCCUGGAUCACCGCAACAUUAGCCUACAUUACAGUAUUAACAUGGCUCUAGAUAUUGGCACCUGGGAUCUGGCGUGUGAGUUCAAUAACACGGACCACCACACGGAGCUGAACGGCACGGAUCGGUUGAUCGUACGGCGAGGACAGGCCUUCACCAUUAACCUGUAUCUGAACUCUGGCUCUUACCAGCCUGGAUCCAGUCAGCUGCACAUCACUGCAGAGACAGGCCCUCAGCCUGUGGAGCAGUACGGCACCAGGGCCGUCUUCGGCCUCAGCGAUGAGAUCGACAGCACGUGUUGGAGCGCUGCAGUGACCAGUCCGCCCUGCGACACUGUCUGUCUUUCUGUCUGUGCCGCGCCUGAUGCUCCCAUCGGCCGGUACGUCCUGACUCUAGAUGGGCGCAUCCAGUUUGAGUUCAUACUGCUGUUCAAUCCCUGGUGUCCGAGAGAUGUGGUGUACAUAGACAGCGAAGAGAAACUGGCGGAGUAUGUUUUGUCCCAGGAUGGCAUCAUCUUCAGGGGCGAUGCCAAUUACCCCAUCCCGUUAGCCUGGUACUUUGGACAGUUUGAGGAGGGCAUACUGGACACUUGUCUCAGAAUCCUUGACAUGAACCCUAAACACAAAAGGAACCCUGGGAAGGACUGUUCUGGACGAAGAAACGUCAUUUAUGUCACACGAGUGCUCAGUGCUAUGAUUAACAGCAAUGACAGGGAUGAUGGGGUCCUGGAGGGCUGCUGGAAAGACACGUUUGACGGUGGCGUGAGCCCCAUGUCCUGGAGGGGAAGUGUUCAGAUCCUGAAGACAUGGAACAGCACUUCCUGUAUGCCGGUGCGCUAUGGACAGUGCUGGGUCUUUGCAGCCCUCGCCUGUACAGUGUCUCGCGCUCUGGGAAUCCCAUGCAGGGUGGUAACAAACUACUAUUCUGCUCAUGAUACCAACAGCAACCUUGUGAUUGAGCGUUAUGUCAACGAGAAAGGUGAAACAGACAGCAGCACCAGAGAUAUGAUAUGGAACUACCACUGCUGGGUUGAGAGUUGGAUGACCCGACCCGACCUCCCUCCGGGUUUUGACGGCUGGCAGGCGAGUGACCCGACACCACAGGAGAAAAGUGAAGGUGUGUUCUGCUGUGGGCCGGUUCCUGUGCGGGCAAUAAAAGAAGGAGAGCUCACCUUAAAAUAUGACGCUCCGUUUGUGUUUGCGGAGGUGAAUGCAGACUUAGUGUAUUUCCUGAAGUAUAAAGAUGGGAGCACAAGAAAAAUCGUGAAUGACCAAAAAGUGGGACAGAAGAUCAGCACCAAGAGCGUAGGCCGAGAUGAGAGAGAGGACAUCACGCACCUGUACAAAUAUCCUGAAGGUUCUGUAGAGGAAAGGCAGGUUUUUGAGAAAGCAAACCACCAGAACAAGUUGCAACAGCAGCAAGCAAACAAUGGGCUGCACAUCACCAUCAAGCUGUCGACGGGGAUCAGGAAGGGCUGCGACUUUGAUGUGUUUGCGAUUGUGACGAAUAACACAGAAGAGGAUAAGAAGUGCCGUCUGGUGUUUGCGUCCCGUGCCGUGUCUUAUAGCGGAGUCGUCGGCCGAGAGUGCGGCUUUAAAGAUCUGCUCAAUGUGGAACUGGCACCUGGAGGAGAGAGGAAGGUUCCUCUGAGGCUGAACUACAAUAAAUACUGCAAUAAUCUAACGGAGGACAAUCUCAUCCGUCUGGGCGCUCUGCUGAUUGACUAUGGCACCAAGGAAGCCGUCAUGGCCAUGCGUGAUAUUGUGCUGGACGACCCCGAGAUCAAAAUCAGGAUUCUGGGAGAACCCAAGGAGAACCGUAAGCUGGCGGCAGAGGUCACCUUACAGAACCCGCUGCCACAACCCUUACAAGGUUGCUGCUUCACCAUAGAGGGCGCCAACCUCACGGGCGGCAGCAGUAUCACGGAGAAACUGGAGUCAACCAUCGAACCUGGGCAGGAGGCCAAAGUUAAAAUCUACUUCACUCCCACUCAGUCCGGCCUGCGCAAACUCGUGGUGGAUUUUGACAGUGACAAGCUGGGCCACGUUAGAGGAUACAGGAAUGUUAUCAUCGGAAAAUGAGAGUCUUUGCUGGUGAAAAAUGGAAUGUGAAAUCAUCUAUUUUCCAUGUACUUGUCAUAUCUUUUAUAUACUGUAUAUUUCUAAGAAUGUGAAAAGCCAAGCCAUCACACUACGUUUUUGGCUUCUACAGUAUAGUAGUAAAUAGUACACAUGCACAGCAUGUUUUUAAGCAGAGUAAACAGUAUGCAUAUAUCUUUUAAUUUCUAGGAAACGGAAACAUUCACAUCCCUGGAUUUGUUUGGAGCCACAUUGCAUUGUGGGAAAUAUUAUGCUGUUAAAAAUAAAAAUAAAUAAAUAAAUAAUGAAAAUGAUGUAUUGAAGAGACGGCUAUGUGCAAGUGAGAUUUUUAGAGAGAGUAAACAUUUUACUGUAUGCAUCUUCAUGUUUUUGUUUCAGAUAUAUUUUUUUAUAUUCAGCAGUGGCUUUUUCAUUAAACAAAUAUGCUAUAAUCUUG